AUGUCUCCAGAAAAGGAAGAUAACGACUCGCCCAAGUCAGAGGCUACUUCCAGUAAAAGUGACGACCAGGCCGCGAGUGAAGCCGCACAAAAGCAAGCCGCCAAAAGGCGUACAAAGACAGGAUGUUUGACCUGUCGAAAGAGGCGCAUCAAAUGUGGAGAGGAAAAGCCGGUAUGCAAGAACUGCAUCAAAUCAAAACGCGAUUGCGCUGGUUAUGUACAACCUCUCGUGUAUAAGCAACAAAAUCAAAUUCCACAGCCAGACAUACGUGAUCCCAUGGGGAGAUCGUAUUCAACACAUGAAGAAACUUUUGGUCCUGCUUAUCUCCACAACCCACUUCAGCAUGGCCCACCAUAUCUAGGAUCAUACUCAACAAUCCAUUCGUCUGGGCCGAUGUCUUAUCAACAGCUGAACUCUGGGCCUUAUGCUGGUCAUGCGCAAAUGGCACCUCCUGGUGCGAUGUACCAAUAUGAUGCGAAUACCGGGAACUACUUCGGAGGACAACCAAGUCAUUUUCGAUCCACACCGCUAUAUCACACCAUAGACACAACUGGGGGUAUCUCUGCUCCUAUGUUUCAGACAACAUACCAAGAACAACCCGCAUUUGGCCAAACACUACACGAUCCGACCCUCGUGAGCCCAUCAAGCUACUCAGGAUCUCACUCACUGUCGCAAAACCAUACCCCUUUGUCUGCAAUCAAUCCAUCCCAUCAUGACUUCUCACAGGAACGAAACUUUUCCGAGUCCUCCUUUCAUCAAUCGUCAUCUGUGCCACAGCCCUACAAGGUUAUUGAAGCAGAUAUAGAAGAACCCGAAUCCAGGAGAUACAGUGUGCAUGGUUUCGUUCAACCCCCGACUACCACAUUGACUCAGAGCGGUCCCAUUGCAACUGGACCAAAAAUAGAACAGCAGCAGUAUUAUGAUGAUGAUUACGAAGACCCGGAGGAACCAUACGAUGUCGACAUGGAGGAGCAGGACAUACCACUUCAGGAUGCCGCACAGAAUCUCACCGAAAUUCUUGACCGCUCAGGACGAGGCAGUUGGCAGCAAUCUAAACGACAAGUCUCCCGGCGACCACAGCAGCAGACUGUCGCGACAUUUAAACCGACAUUGACACUGUCUCCGUUGCAGGACGAGAGGAACGAACGAAUCUUCUGCCACUUUGUUGAGGUCAGCAGUCACUGUAUGUCAAUAUACGAACGCCAUCAUUUCUCGCCCAUCUCUGCUCCUGCCCGAACGUUGUGGAAUUUCACCAUUCCAGCCUUGGCAUUAUCACAUGCUGCUCUUGCCCAUGCAAUCUUGGCUCUGGGAGCACUACACCUCGCCAAACUGCAGAACACCUCUGAAGACCUUGCAGUCAAACACUUCACAUAUUCGGUUCGCAGGGUUGGAAAACUACUUGGUCUACCUAGACGACGUCAUGAAAUCGCAACCCUUGCCACAGUGCUGGUUCUUGGCUUCUAUGAAGUGGUGACCGGUGACCAUUCAAGAUGGAAUCUACAUCUUCGAGGGGCAACAAAAUUGGUUCUUGAACAUGAUUUUGCCGCACUAACAAGAGUUGCAAGAAGAAUGAGGUCCGGUGCAAAAGCAAGAGUCAAUCAGUGGACAGCGCAAUUCGCCUUGACUGAAGAGAACUAUGGCCGUGUGGCGGGUAUCCCGCUUGCAUUGUUGGACGAUGUUGACUGGGAAGUCAAUACAGAUCUUGUGUCUCAGCUGACUGGCGUCCAAAUCGAUUAUGACCAGCAAUUUCAGCCUCAUCUUCCACGCCAAGAACUACUGACGAGUCUUAGUGACAAGGACGUUGAAGACUUCAAGGCCAAGAUGGAUCUCAGGUGGUGGUAUUGCAAGCAAGACAUUUUCCAGAGCAUGAUCAGUGGCGACCGUUUGUUGAUGCCAUACGAACAAUGGAUUUAUUGUCCACCUCGCGGUCAGAUUGGGCGAGCAGAAAAUCCCUAUGCUACAUUGGACCAUUUCAUGCUUGUCAUGGCUCGGUUGGCAGAUUUUGGAGGCAAAGACCGACAUCGCAAACAAAGAGCAGUGAAACUUUCAGGGGGGCAGUGGAAGCCUCCCAUGUGGUUGUUUGGACCUCAAGGACCUCCUGGACCUCCUGGACCUCCUCAAGGGGGUCCCAAGAACGCGUCAGGGCCGCCUCCACAAUCAUCAAACUCUCGGGCAGCGAGGAGUAGCUCAUCCUCUGCUUCCAGCAAAGCCGAAGGUGGCGGUGCUGCGAAGCCUUCACCAGCUCCCAGUGCGAAUGAGGGGAGAGUCAGGCAAAGCAAACCAGGUGGACCAAUGCCGACCACUGGUAAUACUCCCCCAAUGUAUGGAAUGAUGCCACCAAGUGCAGAAGUACAAAUGCACUCGGCCUUCAAGGGAAUGGAUGCCUCGAUCAAUGAUGCUGCCUUUCAGCCAGGGCGGGAAUCAAGGCAAGUUACCCCAACAACGUCAUUCGAAGAUGACACUGCAAACGCAUUUGCGGAGCAUGCACAAAUAAUAGAGGCUUUCGAUGUCUUGAAGAAGUCUCUUGGUGCAGACUUUGAACCAAUACCACAAGCGUCCUCACAACCACUGACCACACCUUUCGGCCCAGCUCUGAUUUACAAAAAUGCUGGUGUUGCUUGCAUAUGGUUGUUCUAUCAUGUGGCACGAAUCUUACUGUGGCGAUUCCAUCCGGAAAUGCCUCCUGCUGCAAUGGUUUCGGCAGGAGUCACGGCUCAUUUGACCAAAGAUCAUGCACAAGCAGUCGGCAAGAUAUGCGCGGGUCUUUAUUCGUCAGAGCAUUAUGGGCAAACUGGUGCUCUUGACCCAAGUUUCGCGGGUGCAUUGAUGGAGAGUACUUUCCAACUACUCUUCGCAGCCGUACAAUACCAAGACGCGGCCCAGAGAGGCUGGACUAUCAUCAAACUUCAAGACGUUGCCCGAAGAUGCGGCUGGCAAACUUCAGGUGCGGUCGCUGCGGCUUGUGAAAUUGCAUGGGAGCGCAUGGGUCAAGCCGGUCGAGGUCCACCUUACGAAAGAACCCUAGACCAUAAGAACAAAGACGCGAGAGUUAGCGGGGCAUAUUCCAAAUCUAUUCCGACACCAGGAACUUCCAAAUCAGAUCCGGUAGCUGAAUACGAGUCUGAAUUUGUGAAUCAUGACCGGAACUUGAUUGACAGAUCUGGUUCGACGAGAACACAUUGGGCAUUGGGGUUAUUGUCUGUCGAAGAGGACAUCAAGAAGAUGAGUCUUGGAGAAAACUGA